AACGUCUCCUUGCCGCCCGCCCGCCCGCCCCGCCAACGCCGCUGUCCGCGUCUGUCACUCCGCGCGGCCCCAACUGACUCGACCGGUUUGACCCGCGGCUGUCAGGCAGACAGACAAUUUUCGGAAGCUGCUUUCAGCCGCCAUCUAUCUCGUUGUGAAGAAGAUGCCAGUCAUUAAACUGCAGAGUUCAGAUGGAGAAAUCUUUGAAGUGGAUGUAGAAAUAGCAAAGCAAUCCAUCACAAUCAAGACUAUGUUGGAAGAUCUAGGAAUGGAUGAUGAAGGCGAUGAUGAUCCGGUACCAUUACCAAAUGUAAAUGCUGCAAUCCUAAAAAAGGUGAUCCAGUGGUGCACACAUCACAGAGAUGAUCCUCCUCCACCAGAAGAUGAUGAAAACAAAGAGAAGAGAACCGAUGAUAUACCUGUGUGGGAUCAAGAGUUUCUCAAGGUGGACCAGGGUACUCUCUUUGAACUAAUUCUGGCAGCAAACUACUUGGAUAUAAAGGGUUUGUUAGAUGUAACUUGCAAAACCGUGGCGAAUAUGAUUAAAGGAAAGACUCCUGAAGAAAUUCGCAAAACUUUCAACAUAAAAAAUGACUUCACUGAGGAAGAGGAAGCACAGGUACGCAAGGAAAAUCAGUGGUGUGAAGAGAAGUAGUCCAGUAUGAAUUGCUUGUGCAGCCUGAAGGAAGAGUGCUUGCAUGUAUUAAAACGCUAGUGGGCUGAUGUAACUUUAAAAUGUAGGCAAGAUCACCACCACACAAACAUCUGUAACUAGCAUUAAUGGUGAGCUUUAAGCUUGCUCCAUGGAACUUAUUCGCUAGUUGAACAACUGCUGUGUAGUGUCUUAUUACUUCGUAUUACUUCUCCUGACUUCUUCCAACAUUGUCAAUUGAAUACAAGUUGUAUAAAAACAAAUUGACCGUAUGAAGGCAAAUGUGAUUGAAAUUCCUUUAGUAUUUUUAAUUUGUGAUUAAAGUUUACUUUUUUAUUAUGGUUUUCUGUUGGGUUUUAAAACUGACCUGGCUCCUAUUUGAUUUUGUUAAAACUCCACAAUGUGAUCACCUGCUAAAUGUUUCAACAGCUCAUGAAAACUUGGAUUACUGGAUGGGCCAGUGAAAUGCUGAUUUGUGUCACUCUUGUUUGACAUUUGAGGAUUUGUUUGUUUUAUUUUGGGUUCGCUUGAAUACAUUUUGACUGGAUAACAGUUG